UGUGUAGUUGUGUCGCUCUGGACUAAGCAUUGGGAACAAAUUUUUCUCGAUAACCCUGGGACGCUUGUCUUCUUACUCUGCCCACUGGGCACAUUGCAAGAGGGUCGCCAUUUAUAAGUCCCAGUUUCUCCGCUCCUCAGGACUGGUGAGUGUUGGCUGUGACUGGCCUUUACAACCCACCAGAACAACAACACCAUGUCUUCAAUAAAAGACAGCAUGGUUGCUGCUCCUGUUUUCAAGAAGAAGAAGAAGAAGAAAUGUGUUAUAGAAGAUGUUAUCCAGAGGCACAGAUCAAGAGUAGAACCAAUAUUUGUUAAAUUUGCAAAUGGCAGGCCUUGUAAGAAUGCAGAGUUGAAUGGAAUAUUACAUCAGAAAGCCUCGAAAGAUUGUCGUCAACAAAGGCGAGUCCUUACAUUAGAAACUCGGAGAUUAGACUAUGCUGGAAAGGACUUUGGAACAGAAGCCAGUCAAAUGUAUAAGAAGCAGUAUGUUUUUCUUGGCAUACUAAAUAAAGCUACAGGAAAAAUGAGACUUGUAGAAACAAGCUCAUUUUGUGUUAGCCCACUGUUAAAACCAGUUGAAACUACCAAUGUUCGUUUAUCUAAAACCUUAAACUCAAUGACUAAUGAAGAGAAGCAAGAAGCGGCUGCCUCUGCAUUUGGAACUAAAAGAGCACAGCAAUAUAUCAACCGCAAGAAGCAAUAUAAAGUGAGUCUGGGUUUGCUUUAAGAAUGGAGGUUAAUA